GAGCCGGAGCGGCGGAUCGAUGGCGGCCAUCGGGGUCCACUUAGGCAGCAGCUGCGCGUGCGCUGCUGUUUACAAGGAUGGUCGUGCGGAUGUUGUUGCCAAUGAUGCUGGUGACAGAGUUACUCCAGCUGUCGUUGCAUUUUCAGAAAACGAAGAGGUUGUUGGUCUGGCAGCAAAACAAAACAGAGUGAGAAAUCUUUCAAAUACAGUCGUGAAAGUGAAGCAAAUACUUGGGAGAAGUUCUGGAGACCCACAGGCGGAGAAGUAUAUUGCAGAAAGUAAAUGUUCAGUCAUUGAGAAGAAUGGAAAACUUAAUUAUGAAAUAGAUGGUAAACUUGUUUCCCCAGAAGACGUUGCAAAAUUGAUCUUCAGUAAAAUGAAAGAAACUGCUCAGUCUGCUUUGGGCUCAGAUGUCAAUGACACUGUUAUUACCGUACCAUUCGAUUUUGGAGAGAACCAGAAGAAUGCCCUUGGAGAAGCUGCUGUGGCAGCUGGGCUUAAUGUUCUUAGGCUAAUUCAUGAACCAUCUGCAGUUCUGCUAGCUUAUGGAAUUGGGCAAGAUUCACCCAGUGGAAAAAGCAAUGUGUUGGUGUACAAACUUGGAGGAACAUCCCUCUCUAUCACAGUUAUAGAAGUCAACAGCGGACUGUAUCGUGUUCUUUCUACCAACACAGAUGACAGUAUAGGCGGAAUUUGUUUCACAGAAGCCUUAGCACAACAUUUAGCAUCUGAAUUUCAGAGAUCCUAUAAAUAUGAUGUGCGGGGAAACGCCAGGGCCAUGAUGAAGCUAAUGAACAGUGCUGAAGUUGCAAAGCAUUCGUUAUCGACGUUAGGAAGUGCAAACUGCUUUGUUGACUCCCUGUACGAUGGUCUGGAUUUUGAUUGUAACGUUUCUAGGGGCAGAUUUGAACUUUUUUGCGCUGCACUUUUUAACAAAUGCAUUGAGGCCAUCAAAAAACUAUUGCAGCAAGUUGAACUUACAGCAGACGAUAUCAAUAAGGUAGUUCUCUGCGGUGGAUCUGCUCGAAUCCCAAAACUGCAGCAGUUGAUCAAAGAACUUUUCCCCACUGUUGAAUUGCUGAACUCUAUUCCGCCAGAUGAGGUCAUUCCCAUUGGGGCUGCUAUAGAAGCUGGGAUCCUCUUAGGAAAAGAUAGCACCUUUUUGGAUGAUGAGAUCUUGUCUGUCGAAUGUUCUGCCAAAGAUAUCUUAGUCAAGGCAAUGGAUGAAUCAGGGGGUGAUAAAUUCACGGUGGUGUUCCCAUCAGGAACUCCUUUGCCAGCUCGAAGGCAGCACACUUUACAAGCCCCAGGAAGCAACUCCUCUGUCUGUCUUGAAUUAUAUGAGUCUCUGGAAAAAAAACCAGUAAAAGAGGAUGACAGAUUUGCACAGAUUGUACUUCAGGAUUUAGAUGUCAAGGAAGGUGGUCUGCAUGAUAUACUAACUGUUCUCACAAUGAAAAGGGAUGGAUCGUUACAUGUUACCUGCACAGAUCAAGAUACUGGAAAGUGUGAAGCCAUUACUGUAGAAGUGGCAUCAUAGCCUUAAUUUGGAAGGUUCUGUGGUUUCGUGGCUACUUGUUUCCUCAAACUAAAAACUUUUUAAAAGGUUUUAAUUGAAAGAUGCCAUAAUUUACAAUACAGUUAUCACCAGGAAGCAUUGCGAAUACAGAGUCUGCAGACAUAUCUUUUGAAAGUGGUAAAGUCAGUUCAUUGUGUUUUUAAAGAGGUAGCUGACAAAAGAUAUGCGUUCAAUAAUGAGCUAUGAACAAUAUUAAAUCCAUGAGAGAACUGCGUAAGGGUGUAUUAUACACAGCUCGCUCACUAAUCAUAUUACCAGGUUUCAACCAAAGCAAACUAAAAUGGUUUUUCAAACAACUGAAAUUAUCCCUACUGGAUGGGAAUAGUUACGGUAUGCUACAUUACUUGUGGCGUUGUUCAACUGGAAUAAUUAUUUUGUGAACAGUGUGCAUUGGAGAUAACUUGAGUAUUUGUUAAUGUGAAUAGUAAUAAAACAUGGUUUUAUAUUGA